AUGUCGGCAGCGCCUGGACCCGAGCCGCCGCUGAGCCCACCGGAGUCACCGGUCUCCUUGCCAAGCGACGCAAGCUCCGUAGUUCAUCUGCCAUCCGACGCCGAGCCUGAGGCGGCAGCAGAAUCAGCAGACCCUCACGCAUGCUGCCUUUCAGGCUGCCGCAGGGUGCUCCAGGAGUCGCCAGCCUUGGCCCGACGAGUGCUCGAGCUGCAGCAAGCGCUGGAUCAGAGCAGCCGCGAUCAAGCCAGGAUGCUCCAAUUUGCUUGCUUGAAGCAAUGGGGGUCGGGCACUGGCUGGCGCAGGUACCAUGCCUGGAACAUGGCCCUGUGCCAGGAAGCCACGAGCCGCAUUCUAAAGCUAACGAAACACCAGAUGAAAAAAAUGAACAAGCAAAUUUCAGAAGGGCUACUCCAGCCAGAGCGCUCUCUAAAGGAGACCCAAAGACAAAAAAGCAGCCGGCCCGCUCUGCAGCACGCAGACGCCCUGCUGGCCUGGCUGCAUCAAAAUGUUGCGGAGGACCUCGCAGAGGGCGUCCGCGUCGACGGCGAAUGCGAAGCGGCAGCCAAAAAGAAACGCAUCGCUGCCGAUCCUCUGCCGAAGCUGGCUAGCAUCCCUUUCCUUGACCGCCUUGAAGAGGAGGAGCAAGGGGUCCGGUGGAUGCCGCCAGGGACCACGCUGGCUGAAAUGCACGAUCUAUCGAUGUCAUUCCUGCCAGACACGCGAGUGUCGUAUUCGACCUUUAUCGGAUGCUAUCACCUGCGGUGGGCCAAGCGCCUAAAGAUCCGCAACAAAGGCCAGCACAGCAAGUGCUCCCUUCGCGAGCGAUUUAAGGCGUAUCGCAAGCAGUGCAGUGCGCCGGCUGACUCCAAAAAAGUUUCCGAGGAGUACGCAAGCCACUUGGAAGCUGUCAUGCAAGACAGGGCCGCGGACCAGCGCCUGUGCGCAGCCGCUCAGUUGGCUGCGGGGUCCUUGACAGGAGUUCCCAGCAGCGAAAAUUCGCUGCUAUCCAUCACAAUCGACGCGAUGGACGCAGCAAAAUUUCGCUGCCCGCGCAACAUAGGCGCCUCUAAAGAGUUUCAAAACCUUUGGCGACCCGAACUGAGUCUGAUCGGUGCAAUCACAGAAGGCCUGCGCGAGUGCUACUACUUGUGCGAUCCCGACCUGUCAAAGAACGCCGACCCUCACAUCACAAUCAUCGGCCAUUCUUUGCAGCUUGCGAAAGAGAGCUUUCAGGCGCGGGGAAAGCCAUUUCCCCGCCACCUGCGGCUCCACACCGACAACGCGGCGUCUGAAGGAAAAAAUCAGACAGUUUUUUUCCUGGCAGCUUGGCUGGUGAAGCGCAAAUUGUUCGACAGCGUGCUCCUAACUCAGUUUCGAGUCGGACACACGCACAGCAAAAUCGACCAACGAUUCUCUGAAUUGAGGUCGGCGCUGUCGCAGUCCACCGUGCUGGAGGACCCGUCAGCUUUUGCAGAGGCAAUCCGCUCCGGGGUGAAGCCCAGAGAGUCCCGCGAGCUCGCCGUCCACCACCUGCACGCAGCCCCAGACUUCAAAAGCUUCUUUCAACAUUUGGAGCUCAGAGUGUCCGGGCACGCGCAGACUAAAUUUCAAAAGCAGCGGAACGAGGAAGCGAUUCAUGCUUUUGGAUUCGCGCUCCGCGGUAGCACCAGUGGCGGGCCAACUCUGCCAUCAGCCGAUCCUGACGCAGAGGAUGUGAUACUGACUUGUCAGCAGUACCUGAGCAGCCACGAGCCUUGCCAAGAGCCCGCUGUGUUUGCUCGGGCCACCGACUUUGAAAAGCUGCCGCCUAAUGGCCCCUCGCAGCUGUCUGCACGGCUUUCGCUUUCGCAGCGCCAGCACCGGGAGUUCCAAAAAACUGCAGAGGCGAUUUCGCGGGAGCCCUGGUCAAUGCACGCAGGGUGCGCGUUUUUGCUGCAGUUUCUCGAAGAGAACGCGAACAACACCUCCGAGCAAUGGGUCCCUCUGCCCACGCAGUGGAUGUUGCAGGGGACUCGCGCGGAGGUUGACGCUACCCGCGACGAACCGGUAGGACGGGCGCUGGCAGAAAAUGCAUUUUCUUGGAACCACGCCAAGCCCGCGCCAGUCCAAGUUGCAAGGCCACCGCAAAAAUUGCGGCGCCGCAAGUCAAGCAGCCAACGCUGCUGCGACAACCGACAAUCGGAGACGAGAGCACUGCCGCGGCCAGAGGCGCUAGCAGUUCUGACCACUCUUGCCAGCCGCUUCUCGCGUGUCAGAUCCAGGGGCAGAGGCGGCGCUCCGGCAGCCUUAUACGGUAGAGGCGGCGCUCCGCCGAGAGUGGCAGCGCCCGGCUCAGACCCUUCGCCACGGCCAGCGGCCAAGCCGGCGGCAAAAGCCGAGGCCGGAGCAAAGGCAAAGGGCAAGGCGAAGGCCAAGGCCGCCAGUAAGGCAGCUGCAGCCAAGCCAUCUGCCAAGGCCCGGGCCCAGGCUCUAGGCUCGGAAGUGCCCGCUGCCAGGCCACCCCGCAGACACCUGGGGCGCCUGCCAAUGCCCGCUGGCGCUGCUGCGCUUCUCGGCUGCACCCGGUGUCGUUACAGCCACCGGUCGGCCAUCGAGAUCGAAGACGAGGACGCAGGGCAGCACAUCUUCAUGGAAUUCUUCUCGCCACCGCGGGUCGCCAUACCUUUGCGGCGCGAGAGAUUUCUAGCAGUGUACAGCUUUGACAUCGUCACGGGCUACGAUUUUCUGCAGUUCGAAGAUCGCGCCCGGGCAUGGAGCUUACUUGAAGCACAUGACCCAAUGUUUGCAAUGCUGUCUUCCCCCUGCACGAUGUUCAGCACAAUGCAAAACGCCAAUCUCGCGAAAAUGAAUCCCGCAGACAGAGCGCGGCGAUUUGAGGAGGCAAACUGUCUACUUGACUACUCAAUGAUGGUGGCCAAGCGACAGUGCCGCAAGCGACGGCUCUUUGCCCAUGAGCACCCUCAGAGGGCCAGGUCUUGGAAGCGACCAAGUGUCCAGGCCGUAGCAAAAGAGCCCGGAGUUCACAAGGUUUCUUUUGACCAGUGCAGGGUGAACUUGCGCACCCCGGUCACCAAGAAGCUUCUCAAAAAACGGACGACGCUGCUGACAAACUCUGCAGCUCUCGUCAAUCUUUUCACCCCCCUUCAAUGCUGCUGCUCUGAGGCACACGCAGUCAUCGAAGGCUCCGAGGGCGGCAUCUCCCCCAGCAAGUGGUGCCAAGUCUACACGCCAGAGUUUGUCGAUUUGCUGCAGAAGGCCGUCAAAGCAGAGUGGGAAAGCCGCCGCUAG